AUGAAGUCCGCCACGAGGUUGCCAGAGGGCCACGGAAGCGUCUACAAAGAAGUGCGCUUCUCGCCGACCUCGACACCCCUCCGCCGCACACAAUCGCUUUCGGGCAGCACACCCUCGAAGCGAUCGAACUACCAACCGAGACCCAUCUCAAAUAUCCCCGAAGAAAAUGGUUUUGUCCUGGACACCUCCCAUUCCACCUACAUAGCCCAAUCGCAAAAGCUUCUUGAGAAGCAGCGGGUGCAUUAUGAGGGCGAGAGGGAGCUCUUUGCUCAUGAAAGACGGCUGUGGGAGCAAGAACGGUCAAUUUUGAGGGCUAAGAUUGCAGAAUUGGAGUCGUCGUUGAAAAGCACGAGGAAUCAGACCGGUGUAUCCGGGUCUUCUGCUAAGCCCAUGUUUGGAACACCGCAGUCCCAAGGGUCCAGUGACUAUCAUUUGGCCCAAGUGUGGGAGGGCUCAAGUCCAGGAGGUCGGCCGACGAGGGUAUUCCGCGACGAAGAAAUCCCAGACAACACUCACCUGGUGCCGAUUACCGAUGUCCCUCCGUCCCUUGAUGCGGCUCUGUCACCUCAAUCACGGGCGGUUGAUGCCACGGGUGCGACCGUCAGCGUCCCCGUGCCGAUCGAGAAGCUUGACAGCCGGCUAGACGGUAUCACCCUCAAGUCCACCGCAUUGCCGCCGGGGGUUGUUGCCCGUGUUAUUACCCCGCCGUCGCCGUCGCCCCUGGAAACGUCCCCUGCCUCUGGCCCCUCGGCACCGGCAAGGCCGGAGAUGGAACAUCGAAACAGUCUCAAAUUGAAGCUGUCAGAACUCCCUCCGCCCAAUGUAAGACUCCUCAAGGAUGCGGGCCACACUCCGAUGGCGAUCAUCGAGCCCGACGGGAGCCAACGGUCCACCAAGGAGGCUUCUCCCGUGGAGGAUCCCCCGUACAACCAGGAGGAAGCCCCUCUUGCCCCCGUGGUCACUCAGAUUCGUCAGCCGCCAGAGAUCUCCGAGUCGUAUUUCCCCCACUUGCCCGACGAUCCCGCCUUGAAGGGGCCCUUGGGUCUUACCAACGACGAGGCACAUGACAAUAGUUUCCUGAGUGAACUCGACCAGAAACUCCAGGACCAGGCCCUCCUUAGCCAAGCCAAGCGGGCCCUAUCCCCCUCCACAGAAUCAAUCGAUCCCAAUGAGCCUGAUUCGGACCCCCCUAAACAGGGUGAGCAAGAACCGGAAUUCAGGUUUAGGAAGUCGACCAAUUUUGGUACAGCCUUUGGACUAUCGAAUAUCGGCCAAAUGUGA